AUGGGUCUGCACUCAGCGCAGAAGAAGUACUUUCCUCUCAGGGGCAUAGAUGGCGUGGUCCAGCUGUUUGAAGCCGAGCUCCACAAGUCCGAGCCAGACCUGGCUCUCCUCUCACUGGUACUGGGUUUUGUUGAGCACUUUCUGGCUGUGAACAGGGUCAUACCCAUAAAUGUUCCAGGGGUCCGGUUCGAGCCGCUGGAGCCAGACUGUCCCACCUCUUGCUUCCCCACAGUGGAGCUAGGAAUGAUUUCUGCACUGUACGAACGCUUUACGGCCCAGAUCCGCGGGGCGGUGGACCUUUCCCAGUACCGUAGGACUGCUUCUGGGUCCAGCAGAGAGCUGGUGAAGAAAGUGUCAGAUGUCAUCUGGAACAGUCUCAGUCGAUCUUAUUUCAAGGACCGGGCCCACAUCCAGUCUCUGUUCAGCCUCAUCACAGGUACCAAACUGGACAGCUCGGGGGUGGCCUUCGCUGUGGUGGCGGCCUGUCAGGUUCUGGGUCUUAAGGAUGUCCACCUGGCGUUGUCAGAAGACCACGCCUGGGUCAUAUUUGGGAAAAACGGGGAGGAGACAGCAGAGGUCACCUGGCAUGGGAAAGGCAAUGAAGACCGCCGAGGGCAGACGGUCACAGUUGGAGUCAACGAGAAGAGCUGGCUGUACCUGAAGGGGUCCUACAUGAAGUGUGACAGAAACAUGGAGGUGGCCUUCAUGGUCUGCGCCAUCAACCCUUCUCUUGAUUUGCACACCGACAGCUCUGAGCUCCUGCAGCUGCAGCAGAAACUUCUUUGGCUGCUGUAUGAUCGAGGUGACCUGGACAGAUAUCCUAUGGCAAUGGGGACUCUAGCGGACCUUGAGGACCAAGAACCAAUACCAGGGAAGGAGAACCCUCUGCAAAUUCAUCUCAAGGCUGUCGGUUCUGCUCAGAAGUUCUACAACAACGAGCACAUCUACCCCUACAUGUACCUGGCUGGUUUCCACUACAGACACAGGAAUGUGCAGGAGGCGCUGAAGUCCUGGGCCGAGGCAGCACAGGUCAUGCAAGACUAUAACUAUUUCCGUGAGGAUGAGGAGAUCUACAAAGAGUUCUUCGACAUCGCAAAUGAUGUUAUCCCCACUCUGCUGAAGGAGACGGCUACUGCUGAGAGUCCUGGGGAGGACGGAGAUGGGGGGGAAGGGGCUGACAAGGAGAACGCCAAGCAGAUGACAGCUGUCUCUGCACUCCAGGACCCAGAAUGCUUUGCUCACCUGCUCCGUUUUUAUGAUGGAAUCUGCAAGUGGGAGGAGGGAAGCCCCACUCCGGUUCUUCAUGUGGGCUGGGCCACAUACCUGGUCCAGUCGCUGAGCCGUUUUGACGCUCAGGUGCGGCAGAAAGUGUCGAUCAUCACCAAAGAACCUGAGUGCCAGGACGAUGACGACCAGUCGAGCGAGGAUCCUCGGGAGGGCCGCAGGCGGGGCCCCAGGAGGGAGUCCAAGCUGGAGGACCAGAGCCUGUCUCCUCCGGCUGGUCCCACCUCACCACCCACCCAACAACCAGCCGCAGCGCAGCCCAAGAAGGUGGGAGAAGGAGCUGCCCGCCGCCGCUCCUCCCAGUGCCUGCGGCCUGGAGAGGUGGAAGGGACACCCAAGUCCCCCGGCUCAGACUCUGUCUCCUCCCCUUUGUCCCAGCAGCUGGCGUCGCCGUGCCCAGCCGGCCCAGUGGUGGUCUUUCAGAGCGAGAAGAUGAAGGGGAUGAAGGAGCUGCUGUGUGCAGCCAAGGUGAACUCCAGCGCCAUCAAAUUGCAGCUCACCGCUCAGUCCCAGGUCCAGAUGAAGAGGCAGAAGAGCACCCCGGCGGGGGAUUAUUCUAUGUCCUUCAUGAAGCGCCAGCGCAAGUCACUGUAGACAUGCUGAUUGUUGAGGAGAGUGUAGGGAAAACUGUGAAAACCCCGAGAGACACUUGUUUUUGUCUUCAUGUAGGUAACCAUCGCCGUUUACAUUCUUUCUUCUGAGCAAUACAUUUGACUUGCACAGAUAAGUUAAACAUCACAUAUCAGAAGAAGUGAGCUUUUCAUUUAGUUUUAAUUUAAGAAAUGAAGUUAGGAGACGUGGCUGAUUAGAUAGGUUGUAAGCGGUCACUCGUUAGUUCGUGUUUUAACUGACAGCCAACUGCACGCUUGUGGAUCUUCUCAUUGACUUGUAUGUAGAAGCCAAAGUGAUGGGGAACAUCAAAGGAAAAAAAAAAACCCACUCGUACCGAUAAGAAGAACCUGUUGA